CAAUGACACGUCACGACCAGCAGUCGUCGGUUAAAAGGCCGGGGCGAGCGCGGAGUUGCUCGCGGGCGGCGAGAUAAGCGAGAACCGCGAAAUUCCUCAUGCGGCAUACGGUGAUGGAGAUCAAACCCCCGUGGUACGUGGACGAUCCGAUCUUUAUAUACUCGUCGCGCGCGGCUCUCGCGCAUAUACACACUUAGGAUAAAGGAGCGCCGCGCUUGGAUUUUGGUGAUUAGUACGAAACAUGUUUGUCGGCUCUAUCCAUGAGAAGUUCCACUUGUCAUUAGAUUAGAUAAAAUCAACGAUUUGCACUUCGGACAGGAGGAUUGAGAAAUUUGACCUCGGAUGGAAGAAACUAGAACGACUGUAUUUUUCACGAAUGAAAGUUAUUUCGGAGUGCUAUUUUUUAUUUCUAACUCGGACAGACUUCCGUGUGGAUCUGAAUCCAGGAUGAAUUUUUUCAAAGCGCUUCUUUGACGAUAAGCGCGGGAUGGAAUUUAUACAUGAGCACGUGGAGUUCGUUAUUCCGUUACGUACGUGAACACAGCCGAUCUGAUACCGCAGAAUUUGAAUCCAGGAUGCAUUUUCUCAAAGCGUUUACAGAUAUCUCGACAACGAGCCGAGCUAAUAAUCGGCAAGCGUAAUCGUCGAUAACGAUGGCGAUCGGCGAGGAGGCCGGCGAUGGGGACGUCGGCGGGUUCGGUCUGGAAGGCGACGGGCCGAUCCGAACGAUCGAUCACACAGACGCGGAUGAUCCAAUCGGCACGUCGAGCCACGUUCGGCGCCGUCAGGCAGACCUCGACAAUUCCGAUUCGGGUGAGGGCAAUCCCCUUCUGGCUGGGAGCGCGCCAGUAACGAUUGACGCGCCGAUCGGGAAGCUGAGGAGGAUGCACAAAGUGGAGAACGCGGUGGCGGCGCAGACAGACGGAGACGCGAUGUGUCGAAAGGUGGACCCGGUCAACGACGAGGAGGACCGCGCGAGCGAGCCGGCCGGACCGCCCGACGGCGGCCUCCGGGCUUGGAUGAUCAUGAUCGGCAGCUUCACGAUCAACGGCGUGCUCUUCAGCAUCAUCAACACGUAUUCCCUCAUCUAUCCGGAGCUGCAGAAGCGACUGACGGAGGCCGGCGAGACCGAGGUCUCCUCCAAAGCAGCUUUGGUAGGCUCGUUAACUAUCGGAACCACGUUCUUCCUGUCGCCGGUCGCUGGGAUACUGACGGAUAAAUUCGGCAUCCAGACAACCACCUUCGUAGGAGGCGCGAUCGCGUCUGUUGGCCUGCUUCUCUCCUCGUUGUUGACGGACAAGGUGGAAAUGCUCUUCUUAACGUACGGCGUCAUGUACGGGCUUGGCGCGAGUCUCGCUUACACCCCGAGCCUGGCGAUACUGGGCCACUACUUCAAGAAGUAUCUGGGUCUGGUGAACGGCAUCGUCACAGCCGGAAGUGCGAUAUUCACAACGUUGCUGCCGUCCCUGAUGGAAUUCCUGCUACGGCGUUUGGGCCUGGAAGGAACCCUGAGGAGCUUGUCCGUCUUCACGGCCAUCAUCAUGGCUUGCGCGAUCCUUUUCAAGCCGAUACCACUAACUACACCGCAGAAAGACGAAUCGCAGCUCAAGUCGAAAUCGAUACGAAGUCGUCUGAAAGAAUUCGUGAACGUGUCUAUCUGGAAGAAGAAGCGAUACGUCGUAUGGGCUUGCUCUAUUCCUAUUGCUCUUUUCGGAUACUUCGUCCCGUACGUUCACAUAGGAAAGUUUGUGGCUAUGACGUUCAAAGAUGCCGAUAGCAAGCUGCCGGUUAUGUGUAUCGGCAUUACGUCCGGUAUUGGUCGUUUAAUUUUCGGCUACAUCGCCGACUUGCCAAAGGUGAACCGGAUAUUCUUGCAACAGAUAUCGUUUUUAAGUAUCGGCAUUCUCACGAUGCUCCUCCCGGUCACCAAAUCCUUCUUCAUGCUUCUGGCCAUCUCGCUGGGCAUGGGACUGUUCGAUGGAUGCUUCAUAUCGUUACUUGGCCCGAUCGCCUUCGAUAUUUGCGGCCGCAGCGGCGCAACUCAGGCCAUCGGCUUUCUUCUGGGGAUGUGUUCUAUACCUCUAACGAUUGGCCCGCCAAUCGCGGGCCUCCUGUACGAUCAUACUGGUACCUACGAUUUGCCUUUCCUGCUAGCCGGCAUUCCCCCGAUAGUGGGAGCGUUAGCAAUGUUCCUAAUAAGGUGUGUUAAAAAUGACGAUGAAAGAUCAGACGACCCUGAGAAUCCCCCGAGCAAAACGGAUUGCCAGAAUGGGGGGAUGAAGAAUAACUGUUUCUCACCGGCGGGCACCGUCGAGAAAAAAUACGAAUCAGCAGCGCGAGAGAAGUACUGUGCGACGUGCGAAAACCUGUCAUCGUCUCAGCGCUAUCGUGUCAAGCUACCGGCUGAAUUGCAAAACGGUUUGGUACACAAGUACGCCAAUUACUGCAGAUAUUCGGAGAGCGUACCGUUGCUUUACGGAGAGAGGAUCUCACGAUGUUUGAGCACAAGUGUCUCUUAGCAAAUCCUCAAUCGCUUCAUAUGUUUUAAACAUUUAAACUCUCAUUUUGAUGUCGCAAAUUCUUUCGCUCUGAGGAAUUUAAUUCACUCGUUACUCAUCUUUUAAAGGAAGAUGAAAAUCUGUCUCUUGAGAUAAUUUUCUAUUGAAUCUAUUGAGAAACAUUGUUUCUCUUUUUUUUAUGUUGCGAUAUAAUAAGUGCACAGGGGAAGGAAUGUGUAUAUAUUAAUUUUUACUUAAGACAUAAUUUGAUUAUAAUGAUUAUUAUUAAGUUAACGAUACUGAAUUUUUUUUAACUUUGCGUUUCUGAAAAAUGGCAAUAACCAUGUUCCAUCAAUUUUAGGGUGUCCUGAAGCGUGUACCAUAGUUUUGGAAAAGCGUACUUAUCAAAAUGAUCAAAUUAAGCUUUCCUACUACAGAGAUAUAUUUUAAAAACAUAGAAAUCAAAGCAUCAAAUAUAAAAAAAAAAAGAAAAAUAUACUGUUUGAAUUAUAUAUUUAUUAGAAUGGUAUAUCUGAUUAGAAAGAAGUUAUAUUAUACAAGCGAGUAUGAUAUAUAUUUCAAUUAUAAAACGUGCCUAAUAGAAACAAGAAUGUGAUUAUAGCAAAACAAUGAUUACUCGAUAAAGUAACAGUAGGGUAGUUAUAUUGUUCGAUAUUUAAUUUUUUUUCUUAUAGGAAUAACAAAAAAAUGAACGAAACUUAGAAAAGAAUCAAUACAUGAAUUACGUUUUUCCAAGGUCAAUCAGCCUGUUAUAGACGCAAACAUGAUGCAUUUAUAGGGAAUAUCGUUGAUUUACUGAUUUAACAAAAUGUUUCGCAAAACACAAUUCGUCAGAUUGUAGUGUGCAUUAUUAGUGGGAUAUUUUAAACAGCAUAUUUACGUGCGUUAUUAACUAAAAAUUAAUCCUAAUUAUAUUUGUAAUAUAUAGAUAUGAGACGAAGUAGAGCGUUUAAACAAUUGUAAAUUUUACUCAAAUCAAUAUCGAUAUAUCUGGCUAUAUCAGCCAGGUUGCAUUUAUUUUUUAAAUAUUUUGAUGUACUAUAUGCGUCAAUUUUUUAACUGAUUGCAUUAUAUAAUUUUUAUGUUACUGUUUAUUAUUUGUGUCACACAAAGGAUCUGCGAUUUAUACAAAUUACUUUAUAUUUUCUUGUAUUAUAGAACAAUGACUCAAUAUCAACGUUUGACUGUUAUUAAUUAGCUAUUUUUGUGCAUGUUACUUCCUCGUUGGAGUAUUAUUCCAUUAUAAAGUUAAUUUUAUAAAGUAAAUUAAUUAAAAGAAUUAAAAAGAAUAUAUAUCAGAACGAAUAGUUGUAUAUGAAACAAACAGCUAUGUUGCAGUACAAUAUUUGUUAUUUUAUACAAGAGGCGCCGGUUAAUAUGAUCUACAUAGAAAUAUAUGAAUAUUGUACGAAAAACAGUA